AUGAAUCAAUUUUGCCAAAUUAUGUUUCGAUUCAAUCCCAGACGAAAGAUUCAACGCCACAUUUCAAUCAUUAGACGAUGCAUUCUCCGUAUAUGGGAUCACCUUCUCAUUUGUUCAUUAGGGAAGCCUGUUCGCUAUCGCCGCAUGCUGUCACACCAGUCUCUAGCUACCGACGAGACAAUGCCGAGCGCAACACCACCACCGACAUGUCAUAACCAUCACGAUAAUGAUUCUGACUUGGUAGCUUUAAAGAUUAGCCUCUUAGGUGAUUGUCAGAUUGGAAAGACAAGUUUUCUGGAAAAGUAUGUGGGAAAUGAGAAAGAUGAGGGAGUGAAGCAUAACAACGGUUUGAAAUUGAUGAAAAAAACAUUGAUGGUUAAGGAUGCACGUAUUUCUUAUAGUCUCUGGGAACUAGACGGCGAUGAAGGAUUGGAGCAGCAAAUUCCGGUGGCUUGCAAGGGAUCUGUGGCUAUUUUGAUCAUGUUUGAUCUAACUAGUCGGGUCACUUUAAACAGUGUUAUAAGGUGGUACCAAGAAGCAAGGAGAUGGAAUCAGACCGCAGUUCCUGUUAUAAUAGGAACCAAGUUUGAUGAUUUUAUCCAGCUCCCGAUAGAUCUACAAUGGACAAUUGCAAGCCAGGCAAGAGCAUAUGCCAAGGUUCUAAAUGCAACUCUCUUCUUUUCAAGUGCGACCUAUAACAUCAAUGUGAACAAGAUUUUCAAAUUCAUCACAGCAAAGCUCUUUGACCUGCCCUGGACCUUGGAGCGCAAUCUCACCAUUGGAGAACCUAUUAUUGAUUUCUAA